AGCUCAAGAAAAGUCUUUCAUCUAGGGUUCCACAUAAGAACAAACCUCUAUUCCUACCUUCUUGUUCCAAAGCGUCAAAGAAAAACCCUAGCUCAGCUCGUUUCAGGUAAACCAUGAAGCAUAACAAUGUUAUCCCCAACGGGCACUUUAAGAAGCAUUGGCAAAACUAUGUAAGGACAUGGUUUAACCAACCUGCUCGAAAAACAAGGAGACGCAUUGCUAGGCAGAAGAAAGCUGCAACAAUCUUCCCUAGGCCAACAGCUGGACCACUCCGACCUAUUGUUCAUGGACAAACACUAAAAUACAACAUGAAAGUCAGAUCUGGAAGGGGAUUCUCUCUAGAAGAGCUGAAAGCAGCUGGUAUUCCCAAAAAACUUGCUCCAACUAUAGGCAUUGCUGUGGAUCACAGGCGGAGGAACAGAUCCCUAGAAGGUCUCCAGACCAAUGUCCAGAGGCUCAAGACAUACAAAGCUAAGCUAGUCAUCUUCCCAAGGCAUGCUAAAAAAGUCAAGGCUGGUGAUUCUAGUCCUGAGGAACUUGCCACUGCCACUCAGGUCCAGGGUACUUACAUGCCCAUUACUAGGGAGCAGCCCACUAUUGAGCUUGUGAAGGUCACGGAUGAAAUGAAAUCAUUCAAUGCCUAUGGCAAGUUGCGUAUUGAGCGUACAAAUGCACGUCAUAUUGGUGCGAGGUUGAAGAGAGCAGCUGAAGCAGAAAAGGAAGAGAAGAAAUAAGAUAAUAGAAAUGUCUCAUAGCCUUGUGCACUAGCAAAUUGCUAUUUUUUGGAUGAGUUGGGAUAAUGAGUUAUUUUGAAUUUUUACUCCUGUGCUACGUGUUAAUGAAGUCUUUUACGCUCUUGUCAGACUAUAAUUCUUGUAGUAGUGGUUUCCGUGAAGGUUAAGUUCUGGUUAUUUUGUUGCUUUUGAUAUACAUGAUUCUUGCUCUGCAUUGUUAAUUAUACAAAUGAAGGUAGUUUUAUGAA